AGGCUUCUUACUGUCAAACUAUCUUCUGCGAGCUGUAAACAAGAACGCAAGUUAGUUGGGAACGUCGUCUUAAUCAGGCUGUUGUAGCUGUUUAUUGAGAGUAACACAUCUCAUUGUACAAGGAAAAUGGAAGACGAUACACUAACGACUCUGAAAAUAUUGAUAAUAGGAGAGAGUGGUGUUGGGAAGUCCAGCCUGCUCUUGAGAUUCACAGAUGACACAUUUGACCCAGAGCAGGCAGCGACAAUAGGUGUGGACUUCAAAGUGAAGACCAUUACUGUGGACGGUAACAAGGCAAAGCUGGCAAUAUGGGACACUGCAGGACAGGAGCGCUUCCGAACCCUGACGCCUAGCUACUACCGCGGUGCCCAGGGAGUCAUCCUGGUGUACGAUGUCACACGACGGGAAACCUUUGCCAAGCUUGACAACUGGCUCAACGAGCUGGAGACGUACUGUACAAGGAACGACCUCGUGAAAAUGCUCGUGGGAAAUAAAAUCGAUAAGGAAAACCACGAGCUAGACAGGGCCGAAGGGCUGAAGUUCGCACGAAAACAUUCCAUGCUUUUUAUAGAGGCGAGUGCCAAGACCAGAGACGGUGUUCAGUGUGCAUUUGAGGAGCUGGUGGAGAAGAUAAUCCAGACGCCCGGCUUAUGGCAGAGCGAGAGCCACGGCCGAGGAGUCCAGCUCAGCGACGAGGACGCCGGAGGUGGAGGCUGCGGUGGCUACUGCUCCCUGGUCUAGACAACACACAAACACACGCGCUCAAAAGCAUGUGUUCAAACAUACAUGUGAAUACCACACACAGUGCCACACAAGCAUACACACAAACACACUUGAAAGAACAGCCCCCCUCCCCUCCCACUGGGGUUCCUGAGCUGAGCUUCCUCAUCAGACAUGAAGGCAGUGGAGGGGAGGUCCGCCUGUCUCCCCCUCCCCCCGGCUCAGCUGUAAGGGUUGACCGUCCGUCCACACAGACACAAAUUUUUUUUUGCACACUUUCUAAUACCAACGCUGUGCUAAAAUGCAAAUGCAACUCAGCCUUCCUCUUAAUGGAAUUUGAGUAAGUUUUUCUCUCCUCUGUUUUGUUAUGAGUUCCAGUUUUCUUGCAGUUCUGGGUCCUCGGUCAAAAUAUAAACCAUUCUCACUUCGUACAUAUGAUUUUAAAUAUAGCAGUGCAGUGAAAUGAGUGCAAAAGUACAAACCAAAGGUCGUCGGGCAUAUGGCUAAAUGUCUGAAAUGUGAGAAUGAGAAUUGGGAAAGUGUUUUGACCAAGGGUUCUCUUUUGUCUCCGACAUGCUUAUUGUCCUCAGAGCACCUUGCCUCAGUAAGCACAUCUGUCUCAAUGCAGGGCCCACUUUUCUCCAGUGUGUCUCUUUCCCUCUGCUCUGCCCUGUGCUUGGUCCUGAUCCUGCCCCCGGACUCUGUGGACAUUAUGCUGCUUAUGGAGAAGCUUAUCAAGCCAAGUCAUCUUGUAUUCCAUCUCACCACUCCCAGUCAAAGGCUUGGAUCAUGUGUCUCUGUUUACCACACAACUGCCUCUUUUCUUCAAAAUAUAAUAGAGUUACCAACUGUCUGGAAUGACGUUUUACUGCUUUUAUUGACUUGGACUUCAAACUUUUGGUGUGUGUUGAAGAGUGCAUAAAUCAAAGAGAUUGGCACCAGCAAGCUUUCCACUGGGUGCCGAAGAAGAGGGAACCUCUUAAAAUUGCACGCCUUUGUUGUAACGAGUUGCUUUAAUGGAGUGCGACCUACUGGCACUCCCUCACUCAGACAGAUAAUAUCAGUAAUAACACUAGCACUACCAUGGGUUUUCAUAUAGAUCCCUCUGACUGGACAGAGACAAAGGAAAAGUGUUCAAUAUUAGACAGGGCAGUGAGUCAUAAGGGUGUUUCCACUGAAUUUGGAAAAUCAAAGAAAAAGCUGUGCGCUCCACAUUGCUGAUGGAUUUAACAGCAGUCCUAUCUCUGUAUUGGUAUCCGAGAAGCAGUUAAAAAUGUACUGUACCCCUGACCUCUGACCAUGUUUGUAGUGUUCAAGUGCUAGUGUGUGUUCUAAGAUAUUCUGGGAAAUGUAGUUCUGAGAGUUUGAUCUUGUAAAAGGGAUGGUGAAAACUACAUGGAUUCAAGCAUGUCUUAUCACAAAUGGAUUUUUUUUUUAAAUCUCUUUUUAAUUGCAUGGGAAACUCUGCGUGCCAUUUAUUUGUUUGUUUGUCCAGUGAAUGGCCUUCAGGGGCUAUUUACUAUAAACACUAAAUCAUAUUUAGCUGGAAAAAAAAACAUUGCAUACCAUUUGAAUUUAAUGGUAUAAUUAAACAAAAAGGAAGUAGGCUUUGACUUAUUUAACUGUAGAGCUGUCUUUUUCUGUCUUCAGAAAUCUGUUGAAACAUGUAUACCUUGUAAAUUGUGUAUUUUAGGAAUUUGGUGGGAGAAUUCCUGAAUGAAUUGUAAAGCUGAAUGUAUACAUAUUUCACAAACCGCCCUAUGUAUUAAACUAAAUAAAACUCUUUUUUUAAGUGAA